GAGCUCGUUGCAAUGACAUUUAUGACGACAUGAUAAUCCACGUACUUUUAGGUCCAUGAAGACAAUUAUCAUGCACAAAGAAACCCAAUCCUCCCUAGGUAUCUUCUUAGUUUGCCUAUCCAAAACGGUGGUCUUUAUCAUUUGAUAUCCUGUGUAUUCGGAAAACAUUAGCAGAAUAUCUCAGCUACGCGCUUCCUCAUCGCCAAUGUCGGAUGGUCACGGCGCGAUCAAUCGGGUUCAGGCAAAGGCCCAAGAGGUCGCCAAAGAGGAUUAUGAAAAGGCCAAAGUCAUUCUCUCCGAGGCAGCCCGGAGUGGCUCCUACUUAUACCCCUUCAGCGGUAUCUUCUACUUCCUCACGCACAGGUCGCUAUGGAAACCGUUCUUGUCCCGACUCCUGCCCACCAUUGGUUUGGCCGUAGGUGUGACGUUGGCCAUGUUCUUCUUCACCUACCUCCCUCAGCUCGCUAUAUUGGUUUUUGUGAACGGCCCCUUGGCCGUCUUCACAACUGUCAUUCUUAUACUUAAUGAAAGCUCUACUAUAGUCAACUUGGUUGCUCGCAAUUUUCUCCUGCAAGAUGCCAUCCUAGACACUUUUGAUGGCACGCUCGUUUCAAAGAAUGCUACCCGUGUUGUUGGGGAAGGGCGCCAACUGAAGCCCGGGAAUGAUCCGAUUGCGCGCCUUGGCAGGGUCAUCAAAAACCCGUUCAGCAAGUUUACACCCAAGGCCAUUAUCAGAUAUGUCAUGUAUCUUCCUCUUAAUUUCAUUCCAGUUGUGGGCACUAUCAUGUUCAUCAUCAUCCAAGGUCGGACAAGAGGCAAAUCAGUUCAUGGCCGAUACUUCCAAUUAAAAGGCUGGUCUGCGUCACAGCAGAAGGACUGGCUUCAACGGCAUCACGUUCCCUACACUACGUUUGGAACUGUUGCGACUCUGCUGGAGAUGGUCCCAAUAGCCUCCACCUUUUUUUCAUUCACUAACACGGUGGGCGCUGCACUGUGGGCCGCCGAUAUCGAGCAGAAGAACACGGAUAUGACCACGGGCACAGCUCCAAAUCUGCGUGCGGCCGCCAAGAAGGCCGAAUAAAAUGCUACAUGAAUCGGCACAUGUUUUUUUCUCUUUGGCGGAGGGGGCAGCUUGUAUGAUUCUUCGGCGGAGUGUCCUAAGGCUUCAUGGCUGGAUUAUGAGGAGAUCGGUGUUCAGUUACUGUAGAUCUUAAUGUAAUCUCCAGGUACGGAUGUGGCAGCAUGAUACGUUACUAGCAUAGCUUCGGAGCCCACAGAAACUUUUGAAACAUUCAUCGAACCAUAUGUUAUUCAGGAGGAAAUAUCAAAUGAGGUCAAAUCAAUGCAUUAAUAACGAGGUAACGCUAUCGAAUCGGUCAAAUUUCGAUAAGGC